CCCCCCGCAGCAGCAGCCGCGCGCCAUGAGCCGGAGCCGGAGCCGGAGCCGGAGCCGGAGCCAGCCGCGCUCCCGCUGCCGCUGGGGGGACCGCGAAUCUCGCGUAAAAGAAAUUAAGUACCCAGAGUCUUCGUUCCUUCCUGAAUGCAGAUCUCUUUCACCUGAAACAUCAAAAGAACAAAAAAUGCCAAACCUAACUUCUCAUCACAAAUGUCCAAAUAACAAAACCUCAUCAGGAAGUUUGUUUGGGUGCCUUCCCUUUGAAAGUACCUGGAGGAAUUCAUUAUUAACAACACAAAGGAUAAAAAAGGCAGAAUACACUUCAGCUUUUGGCUUGAGAGAGAGUGAGGAGAACAUGGCAAUACCAAAUCUUACUCAAGGAAUCCAGAAGUACCAAGCAAACCGAUCCCCUGUGCUACAAAUGAAAAAAGGAUUUGGAUUUGAUCCUCCUAAACCUUUUCCAGUGGGCUUUUAUGAUAAAAAAGAACCUAAUUAUGUGCCAGCUACUUGUUUGCUUCCAUCUACCUCAUCACAGAUAUUAGGAGAUGAAUUUUGCAAAAGCAGGAGAGAAGUGCAUGUGGUGGAUCUGCAAAAGAGAGGAUUAGAUUCUUGGAACCCCGGCUCUCUGAAGAUGCCAGACAUCCAUGGUGGAGGUGGAGAGAUGGGAGCUUGGAGGUCCAGGAAGAAUAACAAACUUUCCAGGACAUACUUGGGUUCCUCUGGGCAUGAAUAUAAAUUUGCUCAUCACCACUUCACAGACCCUGUCACUGGAGCAGCACCAGAAUACUUGCAAAGACUUUCUCAAAUGGCUUCAUUAGAAUGUGAAACUAUAAAUGAAGAGAAAAACAAAAAAAUGAAAAGGGGAAAGAAGCAAGAGACGUGGACAAGCUGACAGACAAAGAAACAAGCUCUUGAAGAUACUGUUUUAUGAGCUAAGAUUUUAUUCACCAAAAUACAGAAAUUUUUAUUUAAUUUAUAGUAUGAUAUUCCAUGAUUACUUACCUACCAACCCCUACCAACUGUACUUACCUAUCAACCCCCUAAAACCCCU